AUGGCUCGUCCGGCCGACGCUUGGAAUCUGGGCAAAUGUGCCACGUCCCCAAACCGAGGCCUCCACCGCGCCGACGUCACUCCAGUUCAAGUUCAGUCUACAAGAGGAGCCAGACGAGGUGGCUCGGGCAUCCAAUCAGAAUACCUUCAGGGCAAGUCUAACUGGGAGGAGGCCCCGCUGGCCUGGGAAUGCCUCAAGGGGAUUGAGGGAGGAGUUGCACCCCUACCGGCCGAGACCCUGGACAAUGGCCUAACGCCGCAUACCCGCCUGUCAAAGCAGAGGAUGGAUUCCCCAUCAGAAUUGGUGUUGCCCUGUACCCCUGAGCCGCCGCCCCACCCCAAAAGUCCUGAAUCUUCCCACAAUGGUCCCAAUGUGGGGCCGUGCCCCCGUCUUAUAGCGUCACCCCCUGCUGAGGAGGACCCCAAGGGUCAGGGAGAUGACCAACAGAACGGUGAAGCUCUUCCAUCCCCUACCCCAGCUGUGGCUCUUUUCCCUGGAGCACAACCGGGACACGGUCCGAGUUUGGACUCUUCCAUGACGCCCUCGGCACCCCCUCUCGGCAUUGGAGCGCUGGAGUUCGCCCUGUCUUCCGGAGCUGGCGAAAGCUGCGAUGACGAGCUGGACCUUCAGCUUUUCCAGAGGGACGCUUUCGGCAGGGCGGCACCUGGAGGUGGAGGGACGGCGUCGGGGCCGUCGCUCCGGUUCUCCUGUCAUGUCUGCGGGAAGAGAUUCCGAUUCCAAAGUAUUUUGUCCCUUCACGCCAGAGCCCACAGUUUGGACCGACAUCGCCAAGCCUCGUCGCACUGUCGGACUUCCGUCCCUUCGGCGCCUCUCAAACAGAAUCUCAGAGUCCAACAAAACAAAAAAGAGCAGAGGGAGAUACAAAGAAACUAUUCAGUGAGCGGAAAUAUUGCAAACACUUUUCAAGAGGGAGAAGAGGCAGAUGAGGAAGAAGAGGAUGAACUCAAAGGUACAGAAUUGGAAAAGAACCACACAAGAUUGAGUCCCGUGCUAAAUGAAGAUCUCGCUCUUUGGACGGCAUCCCCUCCUGCGCCGCCCACUUUCCGAUGCCACGCCUGCAAAGGGAAAUUUCGCACGGCUUCCGAGUUGGCGCGCCACGUGCGAAUCCUCCACAAUCCGUACAAAUGCACACUUUGUCCUUUCUCUGCCAACCAGGAAGGAUCCUUGGCAUCCCAUCUGCAGGAGUGCCACCCCUCUCCGCAAGGUCCCGCUUUAGCUUCAGCCUUCUCCGAUUCCAGGUCGGUCAGCAACCCCUUGGAGGCCGCCCAAACCUCACCCGCCACUAAAGCGUCGGGAUCGUCCUCAUUGCCGGCAUUCCGCUGCGAUACGUGUGGACAGAGGUUUACUCAGUCGUGGUUCCUCAAGGGACACAUGCGCAAGCACAAGGACUCUUUGGACCACAAGUGCCAGGUGUGCGGGCGUGGCUUCAAGGAGCCAUGGUUCCUCAAAAACCACAUGAAAGUACACCUCAACAAGCUUGGUCUCAAAGCUGGUUUAGGAAGCGCCGACACUGAUUUGCAGGCCAAAGUCUCUGCAGGUCACCUGUCCCUAAAUGCCCUCUACUCCAGCCUUCUUGUUGCUCAGCAAAGCCCUGGCAGAGCAGUGCAAAAGAGACCAGAGAAAGAAACCUCAAGCAGAAUACGGACAUCUUCUAGUAAGUCGGCCAUCCUGGGCUACUUAAGCCUUCCUGGCGACAGCGGUGGGGCUAGUUGCACGAAAAGACUCCAAGCCGUGGCCCAGGUGGCCGAGAGGGGAAAUGGCGGUGGCCCUGUGAGCGCCGAAGGUGGGGAGGCUGGAAGAGAGAGGUCAGAGCAAAGAUGCACCGUGGAAGGACGGGAGCAAGCCCCCUGGUGGCAGCUGGUGGCGCGUAGCCUUGCUGCGGCUCAGCAGGAGCAGCAGCAACAACAGAGAGAACGAGACAGGGCUCGCCAUACCAGUGUCACCCAGACUCUGGGAACAGAAGCGGACCCGGUCAGAACCUAUUCUGACCUUGCGGAUCCUAGAGGAGCUUCUCGUGCAGCCGAUGGGUCGUGGGAGUGCCCCGACUGUGGAAAGCUCUUCCACAGCCUCCAGCAGGUGCUUGUUCACGCUCGUGUUCAUGCUCACAAGACUCAAAAGGAAGGCGCUGCAGGUGAGACGGACGGAAUGUGCAACCCUAGCCAAGCCGGAGGUGAACUGAGGCAGGAGUCCAAAGUGCCGCAAGCUGCGGUGACCAGCUUUCCCCCUGUUCUGUCAAGCUUCAAAGGAGAGAAUGGGACCAUGGCAGCACUGUCCGCUGCGGCUUCACUUCCCAGCAGUCGAGAGCGCGUCCGCGGUCGCGGGAUUAAGGAUUGUCCCUACUGCGGUAAAGCCUUCCGCUCAUCCCAUCACCUCAAAGUGCACUUGAGAGUCCACACAGGUGAGAGACCCUACAAGUGCCCCCAUUGUGACUACGCCGGCACACAGUCGGGCUCGCUCAAAUACCACCUUCAGCGGCACCACAGGGAACAACGCAACAUGCCUGGCUCCGCCGCGUCUGCGGGUGGACUUGCCGCCGCCAUCAACGGUCUGACCUCUGCUAAGCAGCGCCGAUCACAAAGCGAUCCUAAAGCCCGUCCAGAUGGUGCCGCGUCCGGUGCGAGCCAGCGAACUUGGCUUCUCGGGCUUCCGCAGCAGCAGGAGCAUCGGGACGGUCAAGGAGCCCUUACCUCUUUAAGGGAUGAUACAGAGACACAUUACCCCUAUCUGUCGGGUGUGGUGGGGGCCUUCUACCCCGGUGGUAUGGAAGGAGCGUGGACUAGGGAGUCUCCGCCUCCAAAAGUCCUCAAGGUUUCCCGCCGGAAGCCACUCACCACCAACCGGAUGGUGGUGGCCGGCGACAAAACAGCGUCAGCCACCCCUGGUCCAACAGGCACCUUUGAACCGCUCGAUUUGUCCCGCCGUCCCACGACAUUCCUUGGAGGGUCAGAGGAAGAAGGAGAAGAAGGAGGGGACGUCAAACUGAAGAAGUGUUUGGACUGUCCGUUUCGGACAUCCUCAGCCGAGCUCAUGACCAUGCAUCUCCAGGUCAACCACGGCGCUAAAACCCGACGCAAAAUGAGCUCUUUGAGUGCUGACGAGAACGAGGACGGGGCUCUGAGGGAUGCCGGAUCUUGCCGCCGGUCCGACUUCCUUGGGAUUUGGGGGCAGGCAGACAAUUCCCAAGCGGGGGAGGCGGAAAGCUCCUUAUACCAGACGUGGACCCCCAACGGAGUCCUUCCGGAGUACCGUGGUGACACGCCGUACUCUGAGCAGGCUUUAAGCGACGGUCCGGCCCUUCAAAGCGAGUCAGGGGGGGAUGAUGAAGCGCAAGAAGAAGAGGAGGAGUGCAGCAGUGACCCCGAGGGCCGACAUGAGACUGACAUCCCCGCGGAAUAA